AUUUCUCAUCAUCUUAUAACUACACUACGUCUCGCGACACACGUCGGGAUUAAAUUGUAAAAUACAAGCUACAGGUUAUCUAUACCCACUGACUCUUUAUACUGGCCCCUUCUCUCUUUCUCUGUGGUGAUCGAUCAAUCAGGAUCGAUCGGUGAAAAAUUGGGUGAUUCGCAAAUUGUGCGCCGUUCGAGAACUGUUUUGGAUAUCAUCCCGGUUACAUCAUGACAGGCCUAGCACCACCGAAGGCAGCGUGAUGCCGAGGGAACCUUAUCCCGGGUUACUAGGUGUGACCCUGGUGCUGUUUGGCAGUCUCUCUUCUACCGCGUGGUCCACAACCGAUGGACAGACUCUAAUCUGCGAGCCGAGUUUGGAAUUCUGGUCGACGGAUAAUGCACGAUGCAUGCCAUGUACAAAAUGUGCACCGGAAUUCACUCUCAGUCCCUGUGCGGUGCACAAGGAUGCGAUAUGCGGUCCACUUUCGGCACUGGAGCUGGACUGGUCCUUCCUUACGUCGAGGAAGAGACCAGAGAGUGGCAGAAGGAUCGACGCGGUCACCUCGAAGAUGGUCUGGAGAUUCCCAGAGAUAGAAGAGCAGUUGCGGGUUGCCGAGGAGACCAAGGAUCUCGAAGGAUUGACGGCUGAGGAUAGCGGAGAGGAGUUCAUCGAGGAGUUCGCAUCUGCGGAGAAUAAAAGAGUUCACGAGAGACGAAGAUCGAGUGGGGAAUCCAAUAUACCCUGGGAUUGGCAAACAGGAGCCUUGGUACUGGCGGUAUGCGCAUGCAUAGUUUUCUUCCUGGUAGCUGGAUGUUCGGCAUUAAUAUACGCAAGACAAUGGAGACGGAUGAAGAGAAACUUUGAGCCAGCCGGCUUGGAGGAGAUCUCGGCGAGACUGAACCUCAUGGUAAAAGCUGAACUGGCAGAGCUGACCGCCGGGACUUCGAUGAGCAGCAGUGAUCCAGAAACUCGAUGCCAGUAUCUUGAGAAGCUCUUGGACCGGAAGAGAGAAACACCGAUGGUGGCCGGUUGGCCAGACGAAGGGGGUAACCUGUACAUUGAGGAAGGAGAAACACCGAGAACCAAGAGAGCUCAGAUCGCCCAGAUUCAUCGCAACAUCGAGAGUAUCCUCAGUCACAAGAGCAUUCGGGAUUGAGGAAUUAAGUCUUUAUGCUAUAAAUAUUAUAGUAUAAAGUCUCUCUCUCUCUCUCUAGCCAUUUCCUUUGCAAUUUACUGUCACUCGUUAAAAUAUUUCUUUCCAAUUCUCAACUCCAUUGCCGACCGGAGACGAUCAGUCUCCUUUGAACGAAUGGAGACCUACGCGGGGAACAUCCGAGUGGUAUCUUUAGAUUCCAAGUGAGACGCGAACCCACGACGAGAUAAACUAUUUAUUUCAUAUAGCUUUAACGAACCUUGUAAUAUACACGCUUUGUAUUCAUAAUUAAUAAAGUAAGGACGAAUCCGAA